AUGACGCUGGAAGAUUUCGAGAAGGAGCUGGCAGAGCAGAAAGAGGCGGAGAAGAGACGCGAGAGGCGCAAGGAGCACGAGAAAUCCGAACACCGCCAUCGACACCACCACCGAAGUUCUCGACAUGGGGACUCGCAUUAUGAUGAGGAAGACGGACACCGAUCAAAGAGAACGAGACACUCAAAAGACGACGACGCGUCAGGGAGCAGACAUAGGCACAGACACCAUCAUCACCAUCACCGCCGACGAAGUAGAGGUGAAGAUGACACACAGGAGGAGGAGGAGAACGAGAAGGAGGAAAAGCAGCCUGCAACAAGCUCGGGCUCGGGCGAGCUGAAGCGCGAUUCGUGGAUGGAGGCACCGUCGGCGCUCGAUAUUGAUUACAUCCAGAGGAAAAGACCCGAGCCAUCGCCGCAACCCAAGGGCGGUUCUCUGGAAGCAGACUUUGGGCUGAAAGUGCACGAGAGAGAACUCAACCACCACUUACGCGAUCUCAAGAACGGCACUCCCGUUGAUAACGACCUCGAAGCCGACGAGCCUGCCACCCACGAAGUCGAUUACACGUUUGGAGACGCUGGCUCCCAGUGGCGGAUGACCAGAUUAAAAGCCGUAUACCGGCAAGCCGAAGAGACGGGCCGCAAGGUGGAAGAAGUCGCCCUCGAACGCUACGACAGCCUCCGAGAAUUUGAUGAUGCCAGGGAAGAAAAGAUUGAGCUGGACCGUCGUAAGACUUAUGGCGAUGGCUAUGUGGGCAAGGACAAGUCCAGCGGAGAGCUGUUCCAGGAGCGCAAGAUGGAUGCUGGCGUCCGACGACCUCAUCCGCGAGAAACCGAGACCAGCCCAGACAUACUGCUCGACCAGAUGCCUGUUCCGGCAACCACUGCUACUACGCAGAAAAUUGACCAGACGGCCCUUAACAAACUCAAGGCUCAACUCAUGAGGGCUACAAUGCGGAAAGACCCCAAGGCGGCAGAUCUGGAAAGGGAGUACAAUGACGCGCUUGCGGCGUUCGAAUCACAGGAUCCCACAGUCAUCACUCUCUCCGCCAUGGACAAUCGCAUGCUCUCAUCCGCGCCUCGGAACGAAGUCAAGGCAGUGCAGAACCGGCGCGGAGCAGAACGGGGCCAGGUGGAGGAGAACGAGGAGAUGAGCAUUGAAGACAUGGUCCGAGAAGAACGCCGCACCCGCGGACAGCAAGGGGGCGAGGGUCUACGGCUGGCCGAGAGGAUUGCGAAGGACAGCAAAUUCGACAAUGAUCUUGACUACCUCGACGAGAAUGCCCAAAAGCUGGCCAAAAGGGUGCACAAGUCCGAGACCAACCUCCGCAACGUGGCCAUCAACGAGUACCAGAAACUCAAUAAGAUUUUGGAGAACUGCCCCCUCUGCCACCACGAAGACACGGAGACUCCGCCUAUUGCUCCUGUUGUCUCACUCGCGACAAGAACCUAUCUCACCCUCCCGACCGAACCAGAACUUUCGCCUCAGUCCACCAUGAUUGUGCCGACCGAGCACCGCACAAACCUUCUCGAAUGCGACGACGACGAAUGGGAGGAGAUCCGCAACUUCAUGAAGUCCCUCACACGCAUGUACCACGACCAGGGACGCGACGUCAUCUUCUAUGAGAACGCUGCAUUUCCGCAUCGAAAGCCGCACGCCGCGCUCUGUGUCAUACCGCUGCCUUACAGCUUGGGGGAGACGGCACCGGCGUUCUUCAAGGAAGCCUUCCUGAGCACCGAAGACGAGUGGUCUCAACACAAAAAGAUCAUUGACACCCUCGCAAAGGCCAAGUCUGGAGGGCUGGGGAAACUCGCGUUUCGGAGGAGUCUCGUGAAAGAAAUGCCAUAUUUCCAUGUCUGGUUCGAACUGGAUGGUGGGAUUGGGCAUGUUGUCGAGGACCAGGAGCGAUGGCCGAGGGGCGAUCUCUUUGCGCGAGAGAUAAUUGGCGGCAUGCUUGGGUUGGAACCAGACGUGAUCAAGAGGCAAGGACGAUGGCAUCGAGGGACGGACAAGAGGGUCGAGGGGUUCAGAAAGGCGUGGAGGAAGUUCGACUGGACUAGGGUUCUCACUGAGGGCGGUGCCUAA